AUGGUCCCUGUGGGACCUGGAAACCUGCGACAGACAGAUAUCACAGAGGUGAAACAGGGGGGGGGGGGGCAACAUGGAAGGUUGCAGCCAUCCACCGUGAAGCUAUCCGUUGUACUUGUGCUCUUCUUGAGCUUGGGGAAGAGCUCGGCUCAAAACCCGCAGUUUGCCAUCUUCUACUACCCGACCGAUUUCGGUGAAAUAUCUUUUGAAUUAACAGACGGUUGUCCUGACCUGAACUCAUGCGUCCCCGGCUUCGAAAACAUGACGAUCUCCGGAAUUUGUGUCACUGGCAUCUGGAUAUUCUACUCCGAAAAGAACUACAACUCUGGGGGCUAUGGAUCGGCUGAAUGGAUGUUUGGGGUCGAUUACUGUUUGAACUCGGAUCCCGACGACUUCGAAUUCUCAUCCCUCAGGCAUGCAGGGCGUCAAAGCAACUUCGAUGCAAAUACGAUCACGCUUUACGAAUUCCCUCUGUUCUCGGGGAAUCAAUUCCUCGACUUGGCAGACCUUCCCGAGGUUCCGAUGGACGACGUCGACUCCAUCAUCAUCACGGGUGAAAGUGACUGGACCAUCUAUUCGCUCCCAAACUUCAUCGGGAUCGAGCGAUGCCUAGAGACCUGGCCUGGAAUGCUCGUGGGUUUUUUCCCGAACCUCUCCGAUCUCGAGAUGAACUCGGUCAGGUCCUUCCGGGAAGGUUGCUUCGACGACGAGAAGAUCCAGCGUCGCUCAGACCGACACGGCGAGGUCGUCACGGAAAGGGAGUGAUGUGUCUUUCCACGAUUCUUCCCGCAGAAAUAAACGACAUCGAGUUGUAGACUCGAUAUAUAUACGAGCCUAAGAGUAGAG